AUGACUGCCUACCCCAGGGGCUUUGCAGACUUCUCCCUAGGCAUCUGCAUGACCUCACUUCCUUCGGACCCACCCCCACAGCCCGGCCUGGGUGACAGCUUGGAGAGCAUCCCUAGCCUGAGUCAGUCCCCAGAGCCAGGGCGCCGAGGUGACCCGGACACCGUGCUUCCAGCUGAGCGCCCGCUGGAGGACCUGAGGCUGCAGCUGGACCAGCUGGGCUGGGCUGCCCGGGGUGCGGGAUCAGGGGAGGAUUCGGCCACCAGCAGCUCCACCCCACUGGAGAACGAGGAGCCUGAUGGAUUGGAGGCCAUCGAGGCCAACAAAGACACGAACCCGCAACUCCGACUUGCUCAGGCUCUACGUUCGCACCUUGAGGUCCUGACUCCUCAGCCUAGCCCCAGCUCCGGGACCCCCCGGGCUCAUACCCCAUCCCCACCAAGAUCGCAAGAUUGGAACUCAAACUCCGGUCCUGAUGAGCCUCUGCUGAACGAGGAAGGAGAGCGUUGGCGGCCACUGGAGCAGGACGACCCAAUCACGGCACAGUGCGGCGAUAGCACAGACCAAUCAGAAUUCGCAUUGGAGCCGCUCCUUCUAGUGGCAGACCUGCUGUACUGGAAGGACACCAGGACGUCUGGAGCCGUCUUCACGGGCCUCAUGGCCUCUCUCCUCUGCCUCCUGCACUUUAGCGUGGUGUCUGUGGCUGCGUACCUGGCCCUGCUGGGUCUCUGCGCCACCAUCUCUCUCAGGGUUUACCGCAAAGUGCUGCAGGCCGUGCACCGGGGUGAUGGCACCAACCCUUUCCAGGCCUACCUGGACAUGGAUCUGACCCUGACUCGGGAGCAGACAGAACGUUUGUCCCAGCUGAUUGCUUCAUACGUGGUCUCCACAGUCACACAGCUGCGGCAUUUCUUCCUGGUAGAAGACCUGGUGGAUUCUCUCAAGCUGGCCCUUCUCUUCUAUAUCUUGACCUUCGUGGGAGCUGUCUUCAACGGCUUGACCCUUGUCAUCCUGGGAGUGGUUGCUUUGUUCACCGUCCCCCUCCUGUACAGACAACACCAGGCCCAGAUCGACCAGUAUGUGGGGUUGGUGACCAAUCAGCUGAGCCACCUCAAAGCUAAGAUCCGAGCUAAAAUCCCGGGGACCGGAUCCAAAGCCAAAGCCGAAUGAGAGAGGUGUCUCUGCCCGAGGGACUCCUGCCCACACCCCAGCAGUCCUGUUUCCCUUCUCUUCCCGAGCAUCCACAGCCUCCCCGCCGCUGGAGGCGCCGUGAGAGGUUGGUGUCUCUGAAGCCACCAACCCCUAUGCUGGGGCUUUGCAUGGGGUCCAGUCGAGCCCUGAGCUUGGAUUUACACUGUAAUAAAGACUCCUGUGGAAAAUC